AUGGUCAAGAUCGAGUCGUUCGCCGUCGAGGACUGGAUGGACCGGUUCGAGACCACACCAAACGUCCUCAACAUCGCCGAGACAUGUGCUGCCUCUGUCUCGGUGGACGACCUGGUGCGUCUUUGCGAGGAUAAGGACGCGCCUGGCCCUUUCUCAUCCUCCGAUAAACUCACCUAUGGUGCCAUUCGCGGCUCGGAAACACUCCGCGAGCGCAUUGCGGCCUUGUAUGACCGGGAGUCAGCGGCCGAGCCUCUCCCUGCCGACAACGUCUUGGUUACGCAGGGGGCGAUCUCGGCAAACUUUCUGGCUUUGUACACACUAGUUGGGCCUGGCGACCACGUCAUCUGCGUGUAUCCCGCCUACCAGCAGUUAUACUCCGUGCCGGAGAGCCUCGGAGCGGAAGUGUCGCUAUGGAAGCUGAAGGAAGAAAACGGCUAUGUGCCCGAUGUGAACGAGCUGGAAGGGUUAGUCAAGAGCAACACGAAGCUCAUCGUCAUCAACAACCCCAACAACCCAACAGGCGCCACGAUCCCGACCACGGUAUUGACCCAAAUCGUGGCCUUCGCCCAGCAGCGCAACAUCAUCAUUCUUUCUGAUGAAGUCUAUUCCCCGCUCUACCACUCACUGCCAUCAUCAUCUCCAUCUUCUGGACCCCCAUCCAUCCUUGCCCUCGGCUAUCCCAACACCAUCGCCACGGGCUCCAUGUCCAAGGCCUUCUCUCUCGCCGGCAUUCGCACCGGCUGGCUGGCCUCGCGCGACCGGAGCCUGAUCGAAUCUGGCGCAGCCGUACGCCACUACACAACCAUUUCCGUCUCGCAGCUUGACGACCGCGUCGCAAGCUAUGCGCUCUCGCCGCCAGUCGUUCGCCCCCUGCUGGCGCGAAAUAUGGCGCUGGCGAAGAAGAACCUGGGCCUCUUGGCCGAGUUCGUGGAAAAGUAUGGGGAGGUAUGUAGUUGGGUGCGACCGACGGCGGGGACGACCGCUUUGGUGGGAUUCCGCAACCGAAAAGGUGAAUGGGUGGAAGAUGAAGAGUUUGCAAAGGAUGUCUUAAAUAGGGUGAAUGUAAUGUUUGUGCCGGCGGCUCCUUGCUUUGGAAGGGGGGGGGACUUCCGGGGGUUUGUGCGGAUAGGGUACGUGUGUGAGACAGAGGUAUUGGUCGAAGGGCUGAAGAGGCUCGGAGAGUAUGUCGACGAGAAUUUGAGGUGA